UCGUCUUAUGAAUCAUUCCGGCUACGAAAGAUGUCUGUGUUUACGUUUGAUGUCCCUAAUAGUGUUAUUGGUGCCUUAAUCUUCACGGUAGCGUUAAAAAUUUACUAUGAAGCUACCAAGGGAAUCUGUAAGAGCUCGAAGAGACUUGACGGGAAAACAAUUAUUGUUACGGGAUCCAAUACUGGUGUCGGCAAAGCAACAGCACUUGAUCUUGCUUCCAGAGGUGGACGCAUAAUUCUAGCGUGCCGAAAUCUCAAAAAAGCUUUGGUAGCAAAAGAUGAAAUUGUUGAGAAAUCGAGGAACCCCAAUGUGUUGAUCAAAGAACUUGAUUUAGCAUCCUUUUCUUCGAUCAGAAGGUUUGCAGCUGAUGUACAAAAAACAGAGCCUAAACUUCACAUCCUCAUCAACAAUGCUGGAUGUGGUGACAUUGAACAAAAGACGACAGAGAAUGGAUUAGAACAGCAGAUGCAAACCAAUUAUUUUGGUCCUUUCUUGCUUACAAAUUUGCUACUAGGUUUGAUGAUUGAAACCGGCGAGAAGGAAGAAGAGAAUGUGCGCAUUGUCAAUGUUGGUUCUGAUGGUCACUUUUCCGUUGGAGAUCUGAACUUGGACGACCUGAAUUUUUGUUACGAGCGAUCCACCAAAACGAUUUGGUCUCCUGUUCAAAAUAACCUAUGGUUGCCCAUUAAAAUCUAUGGAACUUCGAAGCUGUGUGUUAUUCUUUCCAGCUGUGAGUUAGCAAGGAAACUGGAACUUCUUGGAAAACCGGUCACAGUCAACUCUCUUCAUCCAGGAGGAGUGUACACAGAAUUCACCCGUUUUUCCAAAAUAUUGUCCGUGCUUAUGACGCUUUAUCGCCCGUUUUUGAAGAGCCCAGCAGAAGGCGCACAGACCUCGAUUUAUUUGGCUGUGGCUGAUGAAGUUUCAAAUGUCAGCGGGCAAUAUUUCCGCGAUUGCAAGAUUGCCCAGCCUUCUAAGCUAGUUCGGGACAAGGAACUCGCAAAAAAAUUGUGGGAAGUAACCGAAAGGCUUGUUCGUUUGGAACCAAAAGAGAAGUUUUUUUAAUGGACUCACGAAUGUCCUUCCACUUGCGUUCGUUGGAAGCUCGGGUAGCGUUUAAGAAAUUGUCGUUGCUCCUUAUAAUUCUUUAAAGUGUACUUAACGAUUGUAUCUAAUUCCUCUAAAUGUUUCUUUUAUAACGAUGUAUUUUUACACUUGCUUUUGACUUCCGAUGCUUUCGAUGAUUUUUUUAGAAAUGCGAUUUAAUUAGUUAUAAAAAUAUUGAAGACCGUGUGUAAUGCUGUGAUGUGCCAUGAUGACGGUGCAUAGUCUCCGCAUUGGGGAAAAUUAAAUCAUGUUAAGUAAAGAGAUAUAAAUUAA